UUUUGUGUAUAAGUGAAAUGCAAAAAAAUCCCUAGAACUAGGGAAAAAUGCCUAAGUUGGCAACACUCUCAUUUCAAACUUGCAACAUGACAUUCCUAAAAUAACUAGACGCAUCUUUGUUUAUUUUCGUAAAAACCGUAGAAAAACAUGGGAAGACCCAAGGCAAAAGAUGAACCGUCGGACACCCCUGAGGAGUUUUCAGUGGAAAAAAUCUUGGACAAAAGGGCUUGCAAUGGAAAAAUCGAGUAUCUUUUGAAAUGGAAGGGAUAUUCUGACGAGGAUAAUACUUGGGAACCAGAAGAAAAUUUGGACUGUCCAGAUCUUAUAGCAGCCUAUGAAUCGCAAUUUGACACUUCAACGAGCAAAGACCAAGAUGACUCAGAGAAGGUGCACAAACGUAAGGAUAUUUCAGAAGACAUCAGGCCUCGUGGUUUUGACAGGGGGCUCGAGCCUGACAAAAUUGUAGGAGCCACUGAUGCAAGUGGUGAAUUGAUGUUUUUAAUGAUGUGGAAAAACUGCAAAGAAGCCGACUUGGUUCCGGCUAGCCAAUUGAAUGGCAGAUGUCCAGAAGUUGUGAUUAAAUAUUACGAAAAUAAAACCCCAUGGAUUUGUAAGGAGAGUGUUAUUGAGAUAGACUAGGUUUAAAAUAAAAAUAAAUGUAUUGUGUAUUUAUGAGUUUUCACUUUCCUUGUAUUUACAUUCGGUGCAGGUGUAAAAAACAGUUUGACCUUCAUCAGCUGAUCUUAAUUGCAACGUGGCAUAAGACAUUUUCUCGUUCCCGCAUUUCGGGCAUUUUCUUUUUACUAUAGGACCCUCAUCUUCGGUUUUUUG